AUUUAAGACAGAGAUAGAUAGAUUCUUGAUUAGUACAGGUGUCAGAGGUUAUGGGGAGAAGGCAGGAGAAUGGGGUUGAGAGGGAGAGAUAGAUCUGCCAUCGUUGAAUGGGGGAGUAGACCCUAUGGGCUGAAUGGCCUAAUUCCCCUCCUAUAACAUGAACUUAUGAACUUGCAUUUUAUUUUAUUUAAAUUUCAUUCUUCCACAGAGUUGCAGAGCAGUACUUGUGGAAACCCUGGUGUUCCACAUGGAAGUAUUGUCCAUGGCACGAGCUUUGAUGUUGGAGACAAGAUCACGUACUCCUGUGUGCAUGGUUAUAUCCUCGAUGGACAUCCUGAGCUAACCUGCAUGGCCAGUUCAGGAAAUACUGCGUCAUGGGACUUCCCUGUCCCCAUUUGUAAGGCUGAAGAUGGAUGUGGGGGAACUCUGCAAGGAUCCAGCGGCAUUAUUUCCAGUCCGAAUUUCCCUGGCGAGUAUUACAAUAAUGCAGACUGCACCUGGACAAUCGCUGCUGAACUUGGGGAUACCAUCUCACUCAUUUUCACAGAUUUCCAGCUUGAAGAAAAGUAUGAUUACUUGGAAAUUGAGGGAUCAGAGCCCCCAUCAAUAUGGCUGUCAGGAAUGAAUCUGCCUCCACCUAUUAUCAGCAGCAAGAACUGGCUUAGGCUACACUUUAUAUCAGACAACAACCACAGGCACAGAGGAUUCAGUGCUCAGUAUCAAGUGAAAAAGUCCAUAGAUUUUAAAUCUAGAGGAGUUAAAUUGUUCCCAGGGAAAGACAACAGCAACAAGUUUUCUAUCUGUGAGUCUACCUUUUUGUUACCUUCUCUAGAAGAAUAGUGAAAUAAGUCUGUGUCAUUUGUGAUGUGUUCUCUGUAUGCGUUUUCUGUGCUUUAUCCUUGUUUUGUUGCUAGUCGUUGUGAUGGACACAGCUUUAUAACGGUAUGCAUGGGUAUCCUUACUGUUCUUAUCAUCGGCACGGAAAUUGACUAAAUUGUUUUUGGAGCCAGAUUGGGGAAAGCGUUGUAAAAGCCAAACUUCCAAACUUAUGAACAAAUCAGGUCUGACUUUUAAAAUCAUUCUUGCAUGUUUAUUUUGCAUGAGCCAUAGUGCACAAUGUGUUUGCAUUGUUGAUCACUCUUCAUGCAUGAACGCCCACCUCAGAAAAUCAGGAUACAGGAUACAGCAUGGAACUGUGAUUCAUGUUUACAAUAGAAAAUUAUGUUGUGUGAAUUCUCUUGGCACAGCGAAAAUUGUCAUUAUGCUUUGAGAUCAACUUGAUAUUGCACAAGCAAUGUGAAUGUAAAUGGUGUAAAUAUUUGCCACGUUGCAAUGUCCAUCCUUCUCUCCAAGAACUGCCGAUGUCUGAAUCAGAUUUUCAUUAUGAUUGGCAUCACACACUAUUUCAAGGUGAAAUGCUGAUGAUGGUUUCUGCGGGAAGGUAUUCUGUCUCUGUAAAUUCACAUGACUCCUCCAAGCCUUAGCUUAUCUACUGGAAUGUAAAGAUGCAUUUUUGUUUCAAGAAUGCAAGAUUAUUCACUUUUUCUUUAUCUGUAAACUUGUUCAUCCUAAACAAUCACCUUCAUUUUAACCUUCAUAUUCCAUUCAGCCAACAACCCCAGGUUCACUUUGAUUAAGCAGUGUCUUAAUUUAUAUAUUUUUAUUCUUGCCUAAAAAGAUUUUUUGUAGCCUUGGCUCAUCCUUUUAUGUAAUCUCUUUCAACAUUACAAAUCUCUAGAUUUCCAUAGUCUACUUCUCACAUCUUAUAGAUUCUCAAUUAGUUACAGGUCAGGUUGGGGGGGAGUUCCUCCCGCUGCGGGUACCAUGUAAUCCUGUGCUACCUGUUCCAUGGUCAGAUAGUCGAUGACUAAGCCGUCUACCCCACCUAGUUUUCCAGGUGAGGAGGGGGCUGUGGACCCUCAGCAGGACAAAAAAUGACCUGUCAAAGGGCAGAUGAGCUUCUAGCGAGCCAAUGGACAUCCACAGUUCAGUAGAAGUUACGAUCACUGUCGUACAUAGCAUUGUAAGGAAUGAUGACAAAUCACACACACCAAAAUCCUGUACUUCCAGAAGUCCGCAGGAACUGGAGGACAGAGAUGUGUGGUGUAUCCGUCACCGUUCCUGUCGGAAACCAGCACCACUGCGUCGCUAAUGUUUUCAACGAUGAUGAAUUAAUGAAGGAAUUAGUGGUCUUACUCUAAACUCUUAACUUUCUCCUUAAACCACUCCUUGAAUACAUUGUUCUCCCUUAAGGGUAACAUACUCCUUUUAAUUAAUUUUUGGAUUUAUUUCUUAAUAUUUCCUUUGUAGUAUAAUAUCAAAUAAUAUUUUAUGAUGCUCCUGUUAAGCACCCUGGGGUUGCUUUGUUUCACUAUAUUAGUGGACGAUGAAGUCUUGGUCUCAACAUCACCUCUCUACUCUUUUCCCAUACAUCCUCUGCCUUCAAUCUACUCUAUAUCUCCACAUGCAAAAUGCCCUGAUUUUGACCAUGAUUGACAACCAUGCAAGGGAAGAAGAUCAACAGCAUCUCUGUCCUAAAUGAGUGAUCCCUUAUUCUUAGAUGUGCCUCCUUGUGCACUCUUAAAUCUCUCUCAGAAUUUACAAUUCCCAUUGAAUCUGAUUGCUUGAUGGAAUAAAACAGAACAUGCAGGAUAUGCUCAGCAGUCCAGACUGCAUCUGUGGAAAAGGCCAGAUCAACGAUUAUCACAUACCUGUGUACAAAUAAAGAUUGAAACAUCAAGUCAAUUU